UGAAUAAAAAACUAACUUUUCGAUUCGUGAUUUCGUAAUAUGGGUACCCGCUAUGGUAAAGUAGAGCGCAGACACUAGGAAAGAAAUGGCAGAGUUUUGCUGUAUCGAUGACUCCGGACCAAUAGGUAGAACAGAAGGAAGGGUGAACAAAAGAACUCCCAACUACAAUCCCCUCAGGCAACAAAAUAAAACAAUCGCAUAGCA